CACAAAACAGGAAUGUUUAAAGAAAGCAACAUGGUUCGUACAGGUAGUAAUUAAUGUGAAAUGGGUUGAAUUACUGAUGGCUUUGGAAAAUUCGUCUAAACAUUUAGUGCGUUUAUUAUCAUAACAAGAACAGAGGAAAUAAAUUGAUCGUUUUGUUUGUUUACGAUAACAACGGAUCACGUGACACCCUCUAAAUACAAGAUGGCUGUCGAUUAAGACGUUUAGCUAAUUAAAUAGUUGUUAAAAAUGGCUGAUUUAAGGUUUUGAAAAAGAGGAUCAUGGGAAACAAAAUCAAUCGAAGACAUCACUAUGACAACGAUCCAGAUUCGGCAUGGAAAGCGCAAAACAAAGCUGUCAAGGAUAACCCAAUUUAUAAAUUUGUUAGUAUCGAUAAGACUGGACGAUUGAUCACAGAAUAUAAAGAAGAAGGAAGAGACAAGGUGAUCGAGACUAUACGUAAGGAAAUAGAACCGUAUUAUCUGUAUAAAAAUGGUGGUAGUUCAACAAUAACGAAGUUAGAAUACGUGAAAUGGUUUAACAAAGCUGAAGGCAAGACGGAUUUAAAGGAGAAGUCGAUAUCAAACAGCAUCAGUAAAAUUACAAAUGACCAACUGAACACUUUUGAACUUGAUAAAUACAGUUCCUUUACACAACACGAUGCAUGCUGGAUUCUUGAUAAGCGUGGCGCUGUUGGAGAGACUCCAUUUCAUCUAUGCUACCUCAUGGGAACCCCGGAGCAUUCUGAAGUUGCCAAGAUAUUUUUAUCGCUGUACCCUAAAAUGUCCCUGGAUAUUUACGAAGGCAGGGAAUAUUAUGGUGAAAGUUGUCUGCAUAUCGCUGUGGUGUAUGGCGAUAUAGACGCGGUCAAGAUGCUAGUAGCAAACGGUGCAGACGUAAAUCAACGAGCAACAGGCCAAUUCUUCUUGCCAGAAGACGUAAAAGCGGGAAAAAAUGCCAAUCAAACGAACUAUGAAGGUUAUGCGUAUUAUGGUGAAUAUCCGCUGGCGUUCGCUGCAUGUUUAAAUCACCAGGAAAUAUACGAUUAUUUAAUUGAUCAUGGAGCAGAUCCCAAUAAACAAGAUUCAUUUGGUAAUACUGUUCUACAUAUGGUGGUUAUAGCCAAUCAACCGAGAAUGUAUAAAUACGCUGUUCAACAUCACAAGAAGAAAGCCAAGACAGAAAUUCAGAACAAAGCUAAUUUAACUCCACUAACAUUAGCCAGUAAACUAGGACGACAUCAAAUUUUUCUAGAAAUGCUUGAAUUAAAUAGUAUAGAUAUGUGGAAGUAUAGUAACAUUACCUGUUCAAUGUAUCCAAUACAAGCUUUAGAUUCUAUUGGUCCAUACGGUCGAGCCAAUUGGAAUUCAGCUUUAAUGAUAAUCGUAGAUGGAAAGACUGAUGAACAUUUAGAUAUGUUACAGGGUGGUGUUAUGAGGCAGCUGCUCGAUGAAAAAUGGAAAACAUUUGCUCGGUCUCGUUUUUUGUUACGACUUCUAAUUGCCUUUAUUCAUCUUGCCCUUAUAAGUGUUGCUAUUUAUACUCGUCCCAGUCGGAUGAGUCUACUAAUCAUCUCAGGAUCAAAAGAUAUUGUGCGUGUUGUGGCUGAAAUAUUUACCUGUAUUUUGUGUAUUGCGUCUAUAGCUGUUGAAGUUAAAGAAAUUGGUGCUCUUGGGGUUUCUUCAUUCUUUAAAAAUUGUAAACAUGCCGUGGAUCAAACUAUUUAUUUAAUAUCAUGUUUGUUGAUAUUAUUUUGUGUACCAUUCCGUGUCUUUAAAUUACAUGAUGUAGAAGAUACAUUAUUGACCAUUGCUGUACCAGGGGCUUUCUUCUACCUCCUAUUCUUUGCUCGGGGUAUGCGUACCACAGGACCUUUUGUAACCAUGGUUUAUCAGAUGUGUACGCAAGAUUUAAUACGAUUUGGAAUUGUUUAUUUAAUAUUUUUAUUAGGUUUUACUCAAGGAUUUUAUUUUUUAUUUCGUGAUGUCAAUGCUGAUAGUACAGAAGUUUUAAAGUUUUCUACUCCGUGGGAAACGGUUUUAAACUUGUUUCAGAUGACCUUAGGCGAGUUCAAGUAUGAGACGUUUAAUUAUGCGAGAUAUGUUGGUCUAACGAAGUUUAUCUUUACGUUAUUUAUGAUAUUAGUACCUAUUCUAUUGUUGAACAUGUUGAUAGCUAUGAUGGGUAAUACAUACCAUAAUAUUAACACCAAGUCAGAAAAAGAAUGGAGAAGACAGUGGGCUAAAAUUGUGGUGGUAUUAGAAAGAGGUUUCACAAAGAAACAGUUGUUAAAGUUUCAAGAAGAAUAUUCAAUUGGUUUAACGACUGACAGUAAAACAGAUGAUGGUGGUAACAGUCGAGCUCUCGUGGUUAUCAAGGCCGCAAAUAAAUCUAGUGCUAAACAAUCAAAGGCUGCUAAAAGCAAUUGGAGGAGAGUAACGAAAUCCAUCCUAAAUGUUUUGUGUAUAUAUUUUUCAGAGAGUAACGAAAUCCAUCCUAAUAGAGUUAAAACGACACAAACAGAAGGGAAGCAAGAAACCUUUCCAUGUGAAGAAAUAUCGUAA